AUGGACGCGACCAGCGGCAGCAGCAUGCACUUCGUGAUGGUGCCAUGGCUGGCCGUCGGCCACAUCCUCCCCUUCACGGAGCUCGCGAGGCGCAUAGCUCUGCAAGGCCACCGGGCCACUCUGCUCUCGACGCCGAGGAACACCCGUCGGCUCAUUGACAUCCCUCCGGAUCUUGGUGGCCUCGUCCAUGUCGUGGACGUCCCCCUGCCUCGCGUUGAGCGCUUGCUGGAGGACGCCGAGGCGACCAUCGACCUCCGCUCCGACGAUCUGCGGCCGUGCCUGCGCCGAGCCUACGACGCCGCAUUCUCUGCCAAGCUUUCAGAGAUCCUGCAGGGGCCGGAGGCGUCCAGGCCUGACUGGGUGCUCAUUGACUACGCGGCGUACUGGGCGCCCGCGGCCGCCGCGAGGCACGGCGUGCCGUGCGCGUUCCUGAGCAUCAUGGGCGCCGCGUCGCUUGGCUUCUUCGGCCCCCCGGAGGCGCUCAUGGGUCGCGUGGAGCGCGCGAAGACCAAGUUGGAGCACCUCACCGCCGUCCCCGACUACGUGCCCUUCCCGACCACCGUCGCUUUCCGAGGCCACGAGGUCCGCGCGAUGUUCAAGCCGGGCAUCAUCCCGGAGGACGGCGAAGUGUCGGAUGGCUACCGGAUGGCCAAGUCCAUCGAAGGGAGCCAGCUCGUGGGAGUCAGGAGCAGCAGGGAGUUGGAGCCGGAGUGGUUGCAGCUGGUCGACGAGCUCUACCAGAAACCGGUGAUCCCGCUCGGGCUGUUACCUCCGCCACCAACACAAGACGUAGCUGGCCACGAGGCAACGCUGCAGUGGCUCGACAGACAGGCGCCGCGCUCCGUCGUGGCGCCGGCGGACUCCGACGGGUUGCCGGAAGGCUUUGAGGAGCGGGUCAACGGCUGGGGACUCGUCUGCCGCGGCUGGGUGCCUCAGGUCAGGAUCCUGGCCCACACAUCAGUCGGGGGAUUCGUCACGCACGCCGGCUGUAACUCUGUCACGGAAGGCCUCGCGCGCGGCGUCAGUCUAGUGCUGCUGCCGUUUCUGUUCGACCAGGGCCUCAUCGCCAGGCAUCUGGUGGAGAAGAAGAUGGGCGUCGAGGUGGCACGGGAUGAGGACGACGGCUCGUUCACGGCUGAAGACGUUGCAGAUGCUCUGAGGAGGGUCAUGGUGGGGGACGAAGGCCAGGAGUUCGCGGCGAAGGCUCAGGAGCUCGCUGAAGUAGUCGGAAAUGAUGAAGUGAAUGAUCAGCGUGUGCGAGAUUUGCUCAGCUGCCUGUCGGAAUACGGCAGGCAGCAACAAGGAAUCAAGGAUAGUUCCGUUCAAACCACUACGCACGACACGACCGUCCUUGUUUCUGAAGCCAGUCUCCGUCUGGAGAAUUCAACAUCCCUGUAA